CGUCGCAAAUCAGCAGUCAGCAGUGCUUACAUGGUAAUGUGUCCAUUGGUUCGAAAGAUGCUAUAACGCAGUAAAUUUCAAUUUAUAUAGAUUAAAUUAUGUAUUAUAAAUUUUAGUCCCCUAAAAUACCGACAAAUGAGAGCUAACAUAGAUGUCACAGUAUAUUUCGCAACAGCUAUCUUGCUACUCAAACCUAUAAGCGACAAUUAUAGCCUUCCAAUAGAUGGAUGGUCAUCUAUUAUUGCCAUUUAAAAUCGAAUAAAAAAUAUUUGGUUUUACCAUAAAAAUAAAAAAAUAAACUAAAAUAAAUUUGCGGAACGGUUAUCUGAUGCUAUUUUCAGAUGCUUCGGGAAAAUUUGUACAAAUAUAACUAAUCAAACAUAAUAACAAAGCCUCCUCGUACCUAAUGUUGAUUAAUAUGCCGUCAAACCAUGACUAUGGUGAUGUGGCUGUGACGCGGCCCUCCCGUGUGUAUAUAAGAGAAAGCGUUCUAAACGAGCCAUUGAUAAAAAAUAUAGGCUCUAAAUGAGAUAUCGGAACACUGUUCACUGCUAUACAAUAUAACAAUCCUUUACUUUAGUUAUACCUCUUAUUUUUAAUAAGAAGUUAUCAUUGGUAAAAAUAUAAAAAAAGUUUGAAAAUGAAACAAAAAAUGGCUGUUGUAAACGUAGAGAAGACGUCACCGCACACAGCCGAUGUUGAGGAGGCUUUAACACUCACAGGUUUUGGGAAAUAUAACUUCGGGCUACUUUUGGUAUGCAGCUGGACCCUACAAGCUAUGGGGAUGGACCUCUUCGGCACCAGCUUCGUGGUGGCCGCUGCAGUGUGCGAUCUCGAGUUGAACAUGCAACAACGAGCACUGUUGACUGCAAUGCCUCUUGUAGGCGUAGUGGCCGGCGCUCAACUGUGGGGUUACGUCUCGGACACGAAGGGUCGGCGGCUAACGCUGGUGCUCUCUAUGUCUGUUGGCUUCGUGUUUGCCGCUCUCAGCAGCUUCGCCCCGGAUUGGAGGACCAUGGCUUUACUGAAGUUUCUUUCGUCCACUUUUACAUCAGCGAGCAAUUCGGCCGCGUAUACACUGUUGGGAGAGAGUUGCUCGGCGCAUGCGCGCGGUCGGUCUAUGUUGUUAUGCAACUGUUCACUCAUGUGCUCACAGGCUGUCGUAGCUGUAUUAGCUUAUCCUAUUCUUCCACUGGAUUUCACAUACUGGAUCGAUUUCCUCGGAAUUAAUUACCGUCCCUGGCGUCUGCUGGCUCUGGUGAUGGCCAUACCUUGUGCUGCGACUGCCUGUCUUCUCCAGCUGUUCCACGAGAGCCCCAAGUUUCUCGCAACGCAAGGAAAAUACAAAGAAGCCCUCAGUGUACUGAAAAAUAUCUACGCUUGCAACACAGGGAAGAGUGGCGACAAUUAUCCGAUAACAAAACUAUUGGAAGAGGAUGAAAAAACUACGAUUGUCCAAGGAUCUUUCUUGAAGUCUCUAUGGCAUCAAACGGUUCCACUGUUCCAGUUCCCACUGUUAAAAAAAACCUUGAUGCUUUUUUACUUGGUCAUCAUCGUAUACAUGACUGGCAGUGGUUUCAUCCUGUGGCUUCCAUUCAUUAUGAACAAUCUGUUCUCGGUUUUGGAAAGUGGCGCUGGCCAAGGCAUGAACCUUUGCACUAUCAUCAGAUAUUCCACUGAAGACCAGUAUGUUGCAGCGGAAAAUGGAACUGUAAUUACAGAGAUGUGCGAUGAUACAAUACAAGAGACAACUCUAUUGUCAGCAAUGACUUAUGGCGCUCUCGCCAGCUCCAGCAACUUGGUGCUCUCACUGACUUGUGGCAGCAGGAAACGCAUGGCAAUGAUGGGCAUCCUAGCCUCCUCCGCAGCAGCGGCUAUACUCAUCAACCUGGUGGCUAUACCAAUCGCAGGAGGGAUAUUCUUUUUCUUCUUCUUGCUGUGCGCACUCACGAUGGGCAUCUUGAGCGUCUAUUUUGUGGAGCUAUACCCAACUUCCUUAAGGGGGAUGGCGUCAUGCCUGUCAGUGAUGCUAGGCAGGUCGAGUGCGUUUUUGGGCGUCAACGCAAUCGGAUACCUGAUCUCCGUGAAUUGCGAAGUCACAUUUUACAUGUGGUCUCUACUUCUACUGAGCGCUAUAGUCAUCGCUUGGUUUCUGCCGAAAGACGCAACCGAAGAGAAAUAAACUAAUUUAAGUUAUAAAUAAUACUUAUAAGACUGAAUUAAAAAUGUAACCGUCUCAAAAUUAGACUGCAUCCACUUGAACUUUAAGAACGGAGCUUUUUUAUUGGAUCUUGCACAAUGUCCUUGAUUUGUGUUCAACAAAAGGCAUAUGUUUUUCAUCCUGAUCUACGAUGACAAAGCCACGGGAUAUAAAAGUGAAAUAUAAUUACCUUCGAUAUCUUUGUCACCUCUUUGUGAUCCUGUUGUCCCAGGUAAAUUAGUUAACUGCUUAAGAAGAACCUAUUAAAAAAAUUACAAGAGAAUCAGAAUUCAGUUUACAAUUUAAAUGAUAUUACUUACAUAUAUCGUCAUAGUCGUAGAAUACUGACGGAUCUGACAAAGAUUACAUAUAAAAAAAGAUCCGUCAGUAUUCUACGACUAUGACGAUAUAAGUACCUAGUGAUAUAAGAAAUACCACAUAUAGUUAAUGGUUGUGUUUCGGUUUGAAAGGUGGGAUAUGGCAGUGAAUUUACAGGGUACAGAAGAAUAACAUCUGAGUCCUCAGGAAUGGCAACGCAUGGGCGGGUACCGUGGGCGAAACAGUAUACUCUGUUGUGUCCAUGGUACUGCUCAUGUAAAUAGGCGACGGUUACCACUUUCCAUCAGGUGGACCGUCAGCUUGUUUGCCAUUCUAAGUUGCAUAAAAACAAUGUAAAUUGAUAUUAAAUAUAGUCUGGAUUAUUUAUACUUUAUUAAUUUAUACUAUACAAUAAUAAUUUAUUACAAUCCAGUUAUUGUACAAAAUGUAUAGAAGAAUGCAAACUAUAACACAGAAAGAGUAUUAUUAUAAAAACGAAAUUAUCAACUAAAUUAAAUUAUAUUGUAUAAAUUAAAUUUCUUUACAAGAAUAAACAUGUAUAAAUAAUUGUAAACAAUUAUUUCGAAACGUUUCUGUACCUGAAAUUAAUUAAAUUUACUUAGGUGUUAAUUUAAUUUAGUU